GCCACCUCAUUUAGGUGGCUCUCCCCUGUUCGCUCCUAUUCUGGCCUAGAGGUGAAAGGCAAAAAACGCUCCUGUUCUCUCCACCGCAACUGCCAACCGUCAAAAGAUCGAAUCGCCGGUUCCGUUCAGCGAACGACACCAAUGCGGGUCGACAGUGCAGACCGCCCAGCAACGAACGAGGCUCGCUGUUUACCGCUCAAUUGGCCAGCGAAUGUCACUCACGGUGCCAAGCGGGACCCUCUAAAAAUGCGGCGCACUGGCAGUUUGGCACACACACUUAGGGGGCUCGAGGGGAGGCACCAGCCACAGGACUGCGUCAUAGCGUGGAAUCUGUGGAAAGCGCGGGCAGGGCGGGGUGGCAAUGCAGAGGCCCCACAUGCUACUUCAGCGUCUCAUCCGGGCCAAUCACGGGUCCGUAGUUCGGGCGACUGCCUCGCGCUGACAGGCCGCCGACCAACGGACGUCCCGGAUCUUCCCAACCUGAAGGGCUUCCCGUCAUUCUGAACCCUGUCACGCUCGCCAGGCUCCAUUCUGUACGUCGCCGUCCAGCACGCAACAGCACAGUAGGCACUACAGGCUAGCAGUGACUUACGUAGCACUUAAGGUAACUUUUAGUACCUAGCAGCAUUCAACACUUGCGGACAUCCAAGAUAUCGAUCAGGUACCUCUAUUCCAUUGUUGACACACCAUCCAUCACCGACCUACUCGACCCGAUAGUAUUCCAGUCGCCGGCCAUCAUCCGUCACGACAACCGUACCCGCGAUAUCCUAACAACUGGAUCCUGCUUUCCAGAGCCUAAGUCCACCGCUUGACUUCAUUCGCUGUCCCCGCCGAGUCCUACGUAGUCACCGACCGUCGCCCCGACCCUAAACCCCCCACCUCCCUCCAUUAGUCCAUCGCCGACAGACCAUCUCACCGCGGAAUCAAGAUGGCGAACCGACAGCUUGCAAGAGACAUGCAAGUUGAGUUUCAAGCCCGCUUCAAUGCCAAGCAAGCACGACGUGAAGCCCAGAAGGCUGCCAAACAAGACAAUGAAUUGAAGAAGCAGAUCCAGAAUCUUCUCAAAAAGGGCGAAACCGCGCAAGCCGCCCAAAAAGCCCGCAUGCUGCUUGCCAAACAAGCCAUCGCUCAACAGAUGGACCAAGCCGCUGAUAUGGCCGAGCUCAGCGUCGCCCAGAUACAGGCUAACAACGCCAUGAACCGCAUGACGUUCAUGAUGGCCCAGUCAUCCAAGACCAUGUCACGGGCCCAGCGCAGCGUAAACCCCGAGAAAACGCUUCUAACGCUGGAGCAGUACAAGCAGCAGAACGAGGAGUACGCCAUGAGCAACGGCAUCUACACGGACGCCAUGACGCAGAGCACAAGCGUGCAAGUGAGCGACGAUGCCGUGCACGAACUGCUCGGCAAGCUCGCAGACGACGCCGGACUGGAACUGGGGCAGGAACUGAAUAAAGCCAGCGCCAGCAAGGUUGAUCCGAACGCUGCUGCCCAGCAGGCGGUGAGCCAGACGGCCGAACCAACUCCGGAAGAGGAAGAUGCCCUGCAACAGCGUUUGCGGGCUUUGCGGGCUUAAGCCGGAAUCAUGUGCUGGAACUCCCGGGCCGUUUUCUUUUUCUUAACUUUUGCGGGAGAAGAAAGAGCGAAGAAAACGUAGAAGAACUGGAGAGGUUGGAUGAAUCGGGAGAGGCGGUUUAGGUGGGUCGUUCCGCUAUCGGGAUACGUGGGGUGAGGUAGGAUCGGUCACUGGGCGGAGGCUCCAAACGGCGGUGAAGCCGGGAUGGUUCGAUUUCGAAAACGCAUGCCGGAUCGACGGAGAUACACUACAUACGUACAACGCUUAUGAUGACGCAAAAGAACACGACGAAGAACAACACAGAGCCUUCUGCUCGUGGUUAUUGGGAGUUUGGGAUGACGAUGAACAUGAACAUGAAUGGGAUGGAGCUGUUGGGGUUGGUGGUGGUUUUCUGAGGGAACAACAGGUCACCUCUGAAGUAUCCGAUUUUGCAGCAAACUGUAUAUGAACGGGGUCUCGCUUGUUCAUUCACGGUUCACACUGGCAAUUCUGCCGUUGGUUUGCUUUCUUAGACCGGCUCGGUCAUUUGGUUGGAUGAUGAACAUUUGUCACUUUUUGGUAAUUGGCGUUUUUAGGUACUAGCAUCUAAACUUCAUCUCUGUUCCUUUUUUUCCCUUCCUCUAUGAUUUCCUUCCCGCUGCCACCUGCGUCGUUACGUUACACGGCAACGGGCUUGGGUAGGAUGAUCACCAGGUUACGGCCGACCAGGGUGAACAACUGUCUCGUCAACAACUAAUACGUUACCUAUCAUGUAUCACCUCCCUGAAAUCAGGUUAAUAAUAGAUCCCCUGGCUCAUACGUGGUCCUU